CAAGCUCAACGUGCGACAUGGACGAACUAGUCGAGUUACGUCGCAAUCUCGAAGAAAAAUCGUUAGAAGUUGACAGGCUUCGUCAGAAACUAAAGCUAUACGAGGAACAUGAUAAAAGGCACAAGGCUAUGCUUGAUUGUGAAUUAAUCAAUGAUAAUAAUCUGCAUACUAUUCCACAUUUAUCUGUGAUUUCUAAACUAGAAAACUCAUCAAUCGCGAGACACAGUAGACAACUGAUUUUACCUGAAAUUGGUGUUAAAGGACAGAUAUCCAUUGCUAAUACGUCAGUAUUAAUAGUUGGAGCCGGUGGAUUAGGAUGUCCUUCUGCCAUUUAUCUAGCUGCUGCUGGUAUUGGUCGUCUUGGUAUUGUUGAUUAUGAUGAAGUUGAAUUGAGCAACCUCCAUCGUCAAGUAUUACAUACAGAGGAUAGAAUAGGCAUUGAAAAGUCUGCAUCUGUAACCACAGCAAUUAAAGGCUUGAAUUCAUCAGUGGUUUGCAUCCCAUAUCAUAUGUCACUGAACAGUUCAAAUGCUAUCCAAGUUAUUCAACAAUAUGAUAUAGUAUUGGAUUGCACUGACAACGUGGCUACAAGGUAUUUAUUGAAUGAUGCAUGUGUGCUGACUGGUAAGCCAUUGGUAUCAGGAAGUGCACUCAGGUUUGAAGGACAGGUUACAGUUUAUAACACUCAAGACGGACCAUGCUAUAGAUGUCUGUUUCCAAUACCACCACCCCCAGAAACAGUGACAAAUUGCUCGGAUGGUGGUGUACUUGGUGUAGUGCCAGGAAUCAUUGGUUGUAUACAAGCAUUGGAAACAUUGAAAAUUGCUUCAGGCAUUGGUGCAUCAUACUGUCAGAAAUUACUAGUUUUUGAUGGAAUUGAUGGGACAUUCAGAACCAUUAAACUGAGAUCAAAGAAAAAAAACUGUGUAGUAUGCAGUGAGAAUCCCACCAUUACACAGCUGAUAGAUUAUGAACAGUUCUGUGGUUCCAAAGCCACAGAUAAGAGCAAGACUGUGAAAUUGUUGUCCAAUGAGAAUAGAAUAUCUGUGGAGAAUUAUGCAAAUAUUGUGAAAGAAAAACACUAUCAUGUUUUAGUUGAUGUCAGGACACCAUGUGAAAUGGAUAUAUGUCAGCUUCCAAAUACCAUUAAUAUACCAAUUACUGAGGUUGGUAAAAACAAUGAUAACAUGCAUAAGUUGAAAACUGCCAUUGAUAAACUCACUGAUCAAGUUCAAACAGUGCCUGUGUAUGUGGUAUGUAGACUUGGCAAUGAUUCACAGUCCGCUGUUCAGAUUUUACAAGAGAUGUUAUCUGAUUUACCAGUCACAAUCAAAGACAUUCGUGGAGGACUCGUGCAGUGGGCUAAGAAGAUUGAUCCAGAAUUCCCACAGUAUUAAUUAAAAUAAGCCCACAUAUUCAGAUUGUGUAUUGGAAUUCACCAAAGUGUACCACUUUGAUGCCUAACCUGAAUGAAUUAUGGCACCCUC